CGUAUUUGAGACACAGCGUUGUCAAACUUACAUCACACACGUGCUGGCAAGGGCAAAGAGAAGUUGAAGGCAAAGAAAGAAGCAAUCAUGUUGCUAUCACCAAGAAUUACUUUCAGAUGUUUGGAGCAGGGAUGUAAAAUGCAGAAAAUGCGACAUCUGCAUACAAAGACAUUCAAAAACCAGAUACCAUUGCUUGCCCUAAAUGGAAAUCAGGCACUGCAAAAAAGGAACAAUUCUGGAAAGGUGAAGGGUCAGGUCAUAGGAAUAGAUCUGGGAACAACAAACUCCUGUGUAGCCGUCAUGGAAGGAAAGACCCCCAAAGUUUUGGAGAAUUCUGAGGGAUCCAGGACCACUCCAUCUGUCGUGGCCUUCACUAAAGAUGGAGAGCGACUCGUAGGGAUGCCUGCCAAACGUCAGGCCGUCACUAAUGCUGAUAACACAUUCUCCGCCACCAAACGACUAAUCGGGCGACGAUUCGAAGACCCAGAGGUCCAGAAAGACAUGAAGACAGCGUCCUUUAAGAUUGUGAAGGCAACUAACGGUGAUGCCUGGGUAGAGGCUCAUGGGAAGAUGUACUCUCCGAGUCAGAUUGGAGCCUUCGUUCUGAUGAAAAUGAAGGAAACUGCGGAUAAUUACCUGGGUCAGAAGGUGAAGAACGCUGUCAUCACCGUCCCCGCCUAUUUCAAUGACUCCCAGAGACAGGCCACUAAGGAUGCUGGACAGAUUGCGGGACUGAACGUGCUGCGAGUUAUCAAUGAACCAACCGCCGCUGCCCUGGCAUACGGCAUGGACAAAAGCGACGAUAAAAUUAUUGCGGUGUAUGACUUAGGAGGUGGAACUUUUGAUAUCUCUAUUCUGGAAAUGCAGAGGGGAGUGUUUGAAGUGAAAUCCACCAAUGGAGAUACUUUCCUUGGAGGAGAAGAUUUCGACAAUGCCUUGGUCACUUUCUUAGCCAGCGAAUUUAAACGAGAUCAAGGUAUUGAUGUAACCAAGGACAACAUGGCCAUGCAGAGAUUAAGAGAGGCAGCCGAGAAAGCCAAGAUAGAACUCUCCUCCAGUAUGCAGACUGACAUAAACCUGCCCUACCUGACGAUGGAUGCCAGCGGACCUAAACACAUGAACAUGAAGCUGACCCGAGCCAAGUUCGAGGGCAUCGUCGAGAGUCUAGUCAAGAGGACCGUGGGACCUUGUCAAAAAGCGUUGAGUGACGCAGAAGUCAAGAAAUCGGAUAUUGGUGAUGUCAUCCUGGUCGGAGGAAUGACUCGAAUGCCCAGGGUACAAUCCUUGGUACAGGAGGUAUUUGGCAGAACGCCAGGAAAGUCCGUGAACCCUGAUGAGGCUGUUGCCAUGGGAGCAGCCAUUCAGGGAGGCGUGUUAGCCGGGGAUGUUACAGAUGUUCUGUUGCUGGACGUAACUCCACUCUCAUUGGGUAUCGAGACCCUGGGAGGCGUGUUCACUAAACUGAUUGACAGAAACACUACUAUUCCAACAAAGAAAUCACAGGUGUUCUCCACAGCAGCUGAUGGUCAGACUAGUGUGGAGAUCAAGGUCUGUCAGGGAGAAAGAGAAAUGGCCGCUGACAACAAACUUCUAGGACAGUUCAUGUUGGUUGGAAUUCCCCCAGCGCCGCGAGGUGUGCCUCAGGUGGAAGUGACCUUUGACAUUGAUGCUAACGGCAUCGUAAACGUAUCGGCCAGGGACAAGGGAACAGGAAAAGAACAGCAGAUUGUGAUCCAGAGUUCAGGCGGAUUAAGUAAGGAGGAGAUAGAGAACAUGGUGAAGAACGCAGAGAAAUACGCGGCUGAGGAUCACGUCAGAAAGGAGAGAGUUGAGGCGGUGAAUCAGGCAGACGCCAUCAUACACGACACAGAGGCCAAGUUAGAGGAAUUCAAGAGUCAGCUCCCCGAGGAAGAUGCCAAUAAGCUAAAGGAACAGAUUACCGGAGUGAAGGAGUUAAUCGCUAAGAAAGACCAAGUAGAAAUUGAGGAAUUAAAACAAGCCACAUCUAGCAUGCAGCAGGCCUCACUCAAACUUUUCGAGAUGGCCUACAAAAAGAUGUCCGCUGAUAGAGAGGGCAGUUCGUCGUCUUCCGACAGUAGUUCUUUAGAAUCCACAGACGACCAAGAAAAGAAGGAAGAAAAGAACUGAUGGAACAAACUGACUGUGUGUGUGAAUGUGUGGAGUGAAAGUUAGACUGUGACAGGGGGCCAGUGUGGGGGGUCACCACCCCAAUCAGGCCCACCCCCAGCGGGGGGAUCAACUUCUCAUUGCUCCCAGAGUAACAAUCAAGUGCAUUCAUCUCUCUCGCUCACCGAUCUCUCGUCAAGUCAUCAUAGAAAUAAAAUGGAUGCCAAUAACAAACUUCCAAAAUCUGAUUGGUUAUGAUUUUGUAGCCAAUCGUGAAAAGUAUAGGAGCUAGAGACAAAAUUCAACGAUCAGAAUUUUGACUAAUUUUUUUUUGAAACCUAAAUUGAUGGCAUUCGAUCCAGCUUUGACAUUUGUUAGGAUAUUGUGCUUCAACAUUUUAACUUCAAGAAUCAUGUCAUGUUUGUUUUUGUUCAUAGUUAUUUUAUUUCAUAUUCUGUGUAGGAACUGCAUGUAUACAUGUAAAUAUAAUUAUGUGAUAUUAAAUUAUGAAAAGAC